UGAACAGCUGGCUGUAGUAGGGUUAUGCAGCUGGAUUCAAUGAGAUGCCCGACAGAGCUUACGAUCUGUUUCAGCGUCACAGUGCUUUCAAUCUACUGAGUGGGCCAAGAGUCUAACCGCCCGCUCUGAUAACGGAUCCCUUAUCGACACGAACCAAAAUUAGUUUCCACGAAGACGAACCUCAACCAAGGAACAGUUGGGUCUCACUAGCAGACAAAGCGAUCCAAAUUGUCCAACAGUCGACAACACCUGCAACCAUGCCUUCGAAGCGCCCUCGUGACGAAGAUGCCAGUCCCGAUCCAGGCGCAUCACCUGCGCCAGUUGAUGCCAGGAAAGCCAAGAAGGCGAAACAUGGAUUCCGUGUUGGUCCCGAGAACCUCCCGGACGGGCCCUGGCGGCGCAAGGUGACCAAGAUAAAGAAAGAACUCAUCAUUAAGGCCAAAGUCAAGAAGCAAUACGCCAAAAUCAAGGCCGAGCUCCAGCAACAAGCCGCGCCAACAAUAACGUCAAACGAGCACCAACACGAGGCCAACGCCCACUCAGACCCCCAAAAUGAUGGCCAAACUGCCUCCAAUUCACAGCAAAUCCACCCUGAGCGCCAAGCCAUGCUCGACUCUUCUCCCGAACUUAACGCCAAACCGAACCCGACCCCAAACACCAACCCCUCCUUCCCCAACCGACCAGAACAACUAGGACAAUCACAACAACUCGCCCAGAGACGACCACGCAAGCCAAGGCGACCAGACUACUAUACCAAGGAGCUCGCGGCCGCCGAGCGCGCCAAGAAGGAAGCCGAGGAGCGCGCCGCCGAGUUUGCCAGCCGCGAGCGGGAGCGCCAGCAGCGCAUCACCGAGCGGGAGCGGUACCGCAAGGCCAUGGCGAAAGCCAAGGCGCCCGGGAAGGACGGCAAGCCCAAGGUCGGGCGGGAAAGUAAGAUCUUGCUGGAAAGGGUCAAGAAGAUUAUGGGGCGGGUUUAGAUUUGACACCCACUUUGUCUACGGAUGGAGGGCGGGAAUGGUAUUAAUGGUGGUUUUACGAUGAUACCCCCUCUGGCCCUGUCCCUGGUUCGUAAGGGAACGGGGAUGGCAGACGAAGAGGAAUGAGGCAGGAGCAGACCAGAAAGACAGUUUGGAACCACACACCUGCGAAUAAAUUUGGUUGCGGCACAUGCUCAAUGUCAAAACAGUGAAUGGUCAGACUUUCAAGCUCAGCUGCUCAGCUGAAAUUUUCAGCUAAGAUCUAUUCCUUGUUGCUCAGAC